AAGCGGUAAAUCGAAUUGGUGAGGUCGAAUUUGACACUGAAGUAAGAGCUCGGUGAGACUUCAGUUAAAGAUAGUCUUCAAAUCAUCAAGAUUACCGCUUGUUUAUUUUAUAUGGUUGUAUUGUUGUGAUAUGGACAAGGCAUGUGUUUGAGAGAGCUAGUGUCCUUAAAGGUAUCUCUAACCUCGUGUCUAAAUAUAAGUUAAGAGCUAAGAGAAGGAGAACAAGAAGAUGUUGCAUUUAAGCAGGCAAGGCUUAUGUACUUCUGGGGUAGAGCCAAGUUGCACGGUGAGGAAGAAGAUAUUUGAGAUGAACGUUUGCAGUUUUGGAUCAGCCAUAGUGAAGAGAAAACUAGGAAUAGAGGAGAUCUGUAGCCACCGAGAUGGAGACGCUAGCUCUUUUUUUCCAUCACGGCGAAAAUUGCAGGUGGAGAUCUACAGUGAGCGAGCGAGAUGGGACACACAUUGCUGUUCGUAUUUGGGUAUUGACUCGAACCAAAAAAAUUUCAAUUUUCGUUGCAUGAUGGAACACGUUGUCCAUUAGUUCUCGAUGUUGAUGUUCUUAUUUGUGUUUCGUUGCUUUCUGUAACUACUUUGGUGAUAUAUGAGUUGCGAGUAAAUGAAGACUAUGGAGGAUAAUAUGUGAUUUUGUCACUGUAGUUUUCUGAAAUUAAGCUGUUAAAGAUGAAGGCUGUUUUGGGAGUCACAUGAGACUUUGGAAGAGCUGCAGAGAUUUUGUCAUCGUAGCUAUUUUGGAAUCUUUAUUUUUCAGGUGGAGGUUCCUUUGCAAGUAUGAUAUGAAUAUGGAGAAGGGAAGAGAAAUGUUGGCAUUGGAGAUAUCCAGAAAAAUAAGAGUAACAGAUACAGAGAAUAUGGAGUGAAAUAAUUCCGUUUAAACAUU